CUGCGGCGACGGAAAAUCGUGCCAAAAUAAGAAAAAAACUCCGUAUAAUUUUUUCCCGCGCAGUUAUUCCGCAGCUUUUUACGUGCCUGUUAAUUUUAUGGUUUCGGGCUACACGGCCAGCAUCCUCCCGAGUAUGUCCAGCAAUAAAAUCUGCCCGGUGAGCGGAGUCGGGCCGCGACGGGAGAACUCGUCCUGGUACAAUUUGCGCGAUCGCGAUGUGUGGAUAAAAGCGGGGGCCAACGGGAAGCGUCUGCGCGACGUCCUCGAUAAAUCGUUGGAGCAGGACCCGAAGCGCGCCGUGCAGGAGAUUGAGAAGCUGUGGAAGAAACACGGCGGGAACCCGCCGUUCACUGUGUGCAAGGCCAUUGCGCUGCACCGUCUGGAUCCCGUCAGCUCCCGGGUGGCGCGGACGUGUCAGGAGCUGGUGGAGAGUGUGCCGAUUACAGCGGAACUGGAUGAGUUCACCUUCCACUGUAUGGUGCAUUAUUUUGUCCAUGAAGUGGCCGAUUAUGCGGGUCUGCAUAACUUUCUACAGAAAGUGUUAGCGGUAAAGAAGACCGGCGUGCCGUUUCUGGAGGGUAUUUUAACGCAGUACAUGCGCAAUCACAAUCCGAAGGAAAUCCAGAAAGUGGCUCUGGAACUGUGUAAAGCCGAUCCGCAGAAUGCUGACAAGCAUUACAACAUGGCUGUUUUCAGCCUCAUCAUGCAGUCGUUUGACUGCGCGGAACCGGCCAGGCGGAAGGUGAUUCUGAGUUUGGCCUUUCGGACACUGGACCGGCGCUUUCCCCGUCCGACGCAGGAGACCGCGGUGAAAUUGUGGUGUCUGUAUGAAAUGAAGGAUCUGGCGCUGUACAAGCAAUAUUUCGAUUUGAUCUUCGAGCCGACUGCUCUUCUUGGAGAGGAGGCGAUGCGGGUGUUCGACUACCUGACCUGGUACUGCCGACUGCUGGUGAUGGACGGGCAGGAUCUGGACAAAGUGGACAGUAUUAUGGCCAUCUUAAGCGAGAAUUACCGCGCCGACGCCGCCGUGGAUAUUCUGGCGCGGCGGCAUUUGUUCGAUAUGCGCACCGGACUGGGCGACGGUCUGGAUACGGAGGAAUUUGUGCGCAAUCUAAACGAGACGAUCAACACGGCGUUGGAUGCGCUGUCCAGUUAUUUUCCCUCGCCCGGCCUGCGCCAUCUGGCGCGCUUGGAGUAUUUCCGCAUUUUAUUGCUGGAUCCGACGCCGUACUUGGAGUUUGAUACCAAGGAACUGCUGGACGCCGCGAUCAAAAUUGUGAAAAUGAAGGCCACCAUCUGGAUUCGGGAUCUGCUGGUGGAAUGCUGCACGGGCUGGAUCAAACGGACGUCCUUGUACCGUGAUUUACAGCCGUAUUUACCGUUAUUAUCCGUGGCCACGUUAAAAGACUUUACCGAUCGAAUUGCGAAAGCGACGGCCAUGGCUGGUUUGAGCUUGUAUGACGACCCUCCCGACAGCUUGAAAUCGGUGGAGAUGGUGAUUGCGCAUCAGAAUUUGUUGAUCCUCGACUGGUCCUUCCGGCAUUCCAUCCAGACAGCGGCGCCGUCGGCGGAGAACGAGAUGCUCCUCAUCACCAAACUCUUCGAGUACCGUUUAUACGCCAACGAACAAGCGCCCUUUGCUGUUGCGGACGCCCCUCCGGAUAUGGUGCAACUCGGUGAUAAUUACGCUAUCCUGAUCAUCUACCGCUUAUUUGAAUUGUACAGAAUAACAGAGGAUUGGACGUUUUUGACGGACGCUAUUGUGCCCCUGGAAGCCCUAGUCAGAAAACCAAAGCCCCACAAUCAUCCGGCCUUUCGCCUCUUGCUCAUACAUUUAUACCUCCGCUGCGGUGCCAUACAGCUGGCGUACAAUCAUUUUAACGGUCUGGACAUCAAAUCUCUCCAGUUGAAUCAUCUCGGGUAUCUGAUGGUGCCGUCGAGUCUGGUGUGCGUGCUGCCGCCGCAGGACGUGUACGUGCCGGACAUGGUGGUGCGGCACUACACGCACAGCGUCUUCGAGGCCUUCGAGUCGCAGAUGGCCUUGAUCGCCAACCAGGAGUACUUCCGGCUCAUCGGCAUGGAGGAGCUCAAGCACGGGCUGAAAUACUCCAGCAUGGCCCUCAUGGGCCAGUUCUGCCGGCUCUGGCACCUCCCCUUCUACCGCUUCGUCUCGGAUGUGGAAGCGCGAAGCUGGCUGCUUGAUCUGGACCGGUAUCUGGGCAGUGUGCCUAACAUGCUGCGGAUGUGGCGCGACGAGUCGGAUCGCGAGCAGUUGAUGGGCUGGGAUGUCGCCUUCGAGGGGACGCGACAAAGCCGCACGGAAAGCCGCGAACGCGAAGAGAAAGCAUGGAUCGAAGUGGUUCGUGCGGAGAUGGUGGCGUAUUUAUCCUGUGUGGCGUUGGCAGCCACCUACGGGCGUUACAAUCCCCUGGACAGCAGUCGUCCGCUGAAAGAUCAAUUUCUGGAUCACGUGCCGGCCAACCAGCUGGACAGCAUCGUGGAGGCGCCCGCGGAACUCAAUAAGGCGCUGUCCGAGUAUUUCGACGUCUGCAAAACAGCCAUGACCCUGCCCAACUCCGAAAAGGAUCUAAUGGAUCACAUCACGACCUCCUUCGGUCUGCCGUUGCGCGAGUAUUUAUCGCUGGGCUGUCACGCCGUCCUGUUGCGGCUGUGCCACCUGGUGUUGGCCGUCGACCGGGUGGUGGCCACUCAUCUCGUCCAGUUUGAUGGAACGCCGGCGUACGGCACAGCGGAUGGUGUUAACGUUAACGACACCGACAAGGCAGUGGGUGAUGGGGAUGGCGCGGUGAAGGUGGAGAUGAAGCUGUUCGGCGAGGCGCUCGGCACCACGGAGAUUUCCUUCAAACUGCAGCAAAUGAGCGCGGAGAUUUUAGAGACGUUUGACGGCGCGAAGCCCGAGGAUUUGGGACGGUUCAAGAAUCUGCUGAUCAAGUUAUCUCUCUUCACACACGUGGCGCGGUGUAUUGUGUGGGUGGUGCAGUGCCUAAAAGGCUCCCUCGUGGCGCUGUGCAGUCACAACGAAGCGCGCGGCAAAGCGUCGAGCAAAAGCGGUGAUAUGAAGAAAUUGUUGGACGAUUGGUGCGGGGAGUUUUGCGCGUUUCUGGAGAUGCUGGGCGAUCCGCUGGAGAAGCUGUGCAAGCGGUUAGAGGAAAUGAUCAGCGGUCCCAUCGACGUCCUCGGGACGCAAUUCGCCCGCAAUAUGCGCACACGCCCGCCGCUCGGCCGCUUCGAACCACCGGACGCCACGUUGGACGACGUGGCGGUGCAGACGCAGGAGCGCAUGGCCAACAGUUACCGCGCGUCCUUAGAAGAAAUCAGUGUGAAGUUGCGGGACAGUGUGGCGGUGAUCCGGCACUGCUGGGAGGACCUGGACACCACCGUCCACGCCAAGGCGGCGAAAUCGAAAGCCAAGAACGCCGCCGCCAAAUCCUAGUUCCUCUUUGACGCUUUUUGUUGGCUCUCUUUCCCUCUUUUUGACGCCUGCAUGUGGAGCGGUGGAGUGCUUGACGAAUGCUUGUUUUUACCUGUUUGAAAGGCGAAUGGUCCCUGUUUUUCUACGCCUGCUCACUGCCGAGAGAUUGGUCUUGUUGUGGCUGGUUGAUGUUUUUAUCCCCAUUGAUUUUGAUAGUUUUCGCGGCUGGUUGGUUUUUUUUUAACGGGAGACUUCAGAUUUGGUCGUGUUGCGACACAGUUGUGUCGAUUUUGGGUGAAUGCAGAUGGAUGUUUACUGUGCUUAAAGGCGGCAUUCUUUACGCUGUCGGAUGCGGCAUUUCUGCUGUUUGUAUUUCGAGAAUUUUUCCAGGUCACCGGCAGGAAAGUCAAGA